GUCCUGGCCAAGCUGUUAGCUGGGCCGCCGGGGCCCAUGGGAAGAAAACCAAACAUGGAUUCCGGGGAGCUGAGCUCUGCUCCCCUGACACAUGACAGGAGCCACCUUGGGCCUCCCGGAUCAGGGAGGGAGCUGCCAGAGUGUCACCACCAGAGCAGGAAGAGCGCAGUGCCAGGUCGGAGAAGAAGGAAGGACUGGUCCUGCUCCCUGAUCGCAGCCUCUCUGGCGGGUGCCCUCGGCUCCUCCUUCCUCUACGGGUACAACCUCUCCGUGGUGAACGCCCCCACCCCGUAUAUCAAGGCCUUUUACAAUGAAUCAUGGGAAAGAAGGCAUGGACAUCGAAUAGACCCGGAUACUCUGACCCUGCUCUGGUCUGUGACUGUGUCCAUAUUCGCCAUCGGUGGAUUGGUGGGGACCCUAAUGGCAAAGAAGAUUGGAAAGUUUCUUGGGAGGAAGCACACGUUGCUGGUCAACAAUGGGUUUGCCGUUUCUGCUGCGCUGCUGAUGGCCUUUUCCCUGCAGGCUGGAGCCUUUGAGUUGCUCAUCGUGGGACGCUUCAUCAUGGGUGUGGAUGGAGGCAUCUCCCUCAGCGUGCUCCCCAUGUACCUCACCGAGAUCUCACCCCAGGAGAUCCGCGGCUCUCUGGGGCAGGUGACGGCCAUCUUCAUCUGCGUCGGAGUGCUCACAGGGCAGCUGCUGGGCCUGCCUGAGCUGCUGGGAAAGGAGAGCACCUGGCCGUACCUGUUUGGGGCGAUUGUGGUCCCCGCUUUCAUCCAGCUGGUGAGCCUGCCCUUUCUCCCCGAGAGCCCUCGCUACCUGCUCUUUGAGAAGCAUGACGAGGCUGGAGCCGUGAAAGCCUUCCAGACGUUCCUGGGCAAAGCCGACGUCUCCCGAGAGCUGCGGGAGGGCCUGGCCGAGAGCCGCAUGCAGAGGAACGUCCACCGGCUGUCCGUCCUGGAGCUGCUGAGGGCCCCCUUCCUCCGCUGGCAGGUCAUCACCGUGGUAGUCACCAUGGCCUGCUACCAGCUCUGUGGCCUCAACGCGAUCUGGUUCUACACUAACAGCAUCUUUGGAAAAGCUGGGAUCCCACAGGAAAAGACGCCCUACGUCACCUUGAGCACGGGCGGCAUCGAGACACUGGCCGCCGUCUUCUCUGGCUUGGUCAUCGAGCGUCUGGGACGGAGACCCCUCCUCAUCGGGGGCUUUGGGCUGAUGGCCCUCUUCUUCGGGGCCCUCACCGUCACACUGGUGCUGCAGGACCAUGCCCCCUGGAUCCCGUACCUGAGCAUCACCUGCAUCCUGGCAGCCAUCGCCUCCUUCUGCAGCGGGCCAGGGGGCAUCCCGUUCAUCCUGACCGGCGAGCUCUUCCAGCAGUCGCAGCGGCCGGCGGCCUUCAUCCUGGCAGGCACUGUCAACUGGCUGUCCAACUUUGCUGUGGGGCUGCUCUUCCCAUUCAUUCAGAGAAGUCUGGACGCCUACUGUUUCCUGGUCUUUGCCACAAUAUGUAUGGCAGGUGCCCUCUACUUCUAUUUUGUUCUACCUGAGACCAAAAACAGAACCCAUGCAGAAAUCAGCCAGGAAUUUGCCAAGAGAAACAAGGCAAGUCCACCAGAGGAGAAAGGGGACUCAGCUGUGGCUGAGAAGGCGAAUGGAGGGCUGGAACCAGAUUCCUCGGCCACGCUGGACAACGGUGUCAAAAACAGAGUUGUCUAGGUGAAGUCCCACCAUUCAGGAAACCGCAGCCUUCCACACCUGGAGGGCUCGGAACUGUCUGAAGCCGUCCAAGUCUUACGUUACAACAAUCAGCCUGUGCUAACCUCGCUGGCUCCACUUAUUCACACCUGGAUCCCUCAGACUCUUGAAAGUGUCUCAUGCUUUUGUAGACUCAACCUUCUUCUCACAACUUGGUGGCCUGCCUUCUUCCUGACUUAGCCCAGUUUUGAAAAUGGGGAAAAUAAAAUGGAAAUCCCAUCUCAAAAGAAAAAGAUUCGGUCUGACAAAGGACUCUUUGGAAUUGAGGUCACAGUUGAGGUUCUAGUCCCAGCUCCCACAAGUAGCCUGGCCCUGCCCUCUUCCUGGACCCUGGAGCCUUGGUGAUCCUUGGCUUUGGUCUUGUUGCCAACCUUCGGCUCUGCCUGUGGCCCGCAGACUUAGGAGUGCCUAGCCCCAACCCACCAGCCUGAAGCUUCUGCCUUUCCCAAGCUGUGUUGCCCUGGGCGCAAGGCUGCCGGGUCUGCGGCUGUCUUCAGUUGGCAUAGUUACAGAGGCAUAAAGAUCAAUGUGAAGAAGGCCUAGAGAGGCAGCUAUAAGAAAGCACUUUCUAGUAACUUGGGCAGGGACUGCCAGUUCAACGCUGUUCAGGUGAAGCACAGUAUUGAGAGUGACUCUGAGCCUGGACCUCACCUGAUGGGAAAGAACACAGUGACUGACGGAUGGCACCCUCUUCAGGGGCAGGAGCCAGAACCUCAGCUCCCGUGCCAUGUUGGCCACAUCUAAAAGGAGUCACCUGAAGAUGUAGCGAGCUGCCUUGGAAGAUGGUGAGCUCCCCAGCCCUCCCAGUGCCCAACAAAGAGGGGCUGGAGACUCGCGUGCUGUUAAGGAAAGCUAGGCGACAGUUUUAGAAAAAGGGAUUUGGAGUAGACGUGCUUGAGUGCCCUUCCAACACGCCAGGGUCAUGUGGCUGGAACAACCUGCAGCCCACCCUUGUCACAACGGCCUUGCGAUUUGGUUAACUCCGUAUGCUCACCUCCAAAAUGAACCACAGUGCAAAUGACAAGUUUGCUAAAUGGCAGUAUUCUUGAAUUAGACCCAUAGGUUUGGUUUUAGGGUGGUAUAGACUGUCUGGGACCAGAGAGGAAAGGCUCUGGAUCCAGCAGGACCACCAAGCCCUUCAGUCUCCUCUGACCAUUCAUGACAAAGGAAGUGUUAGCCAAACCCUGAGUCCUGAGCUUCCUUCCCGUGGAGUAUUCUCGCAUCUGGUCCUCUCCUUUGGCUGACUGCCGACUUAAAGCGCCAUGCCAUCCGCUUUGGUGUGGCUGGAUAACGUGGGCAGUGUCUGUCGAUGUGGAGAGGAAGAGAAGUGCAGGUGCAAAAAGCAUGUGAGACCAAACAGGGUCGAGUAAAGGGCUGACUGGAAGCCUUGACUUUAGCUGGCUCUCUUCCACUUGGAGGUUUGGUUCAUAGUCAAUGAAUGUUAUUAGUUACCUACCACGAACCAGGCACGGGCGAGGCACAGAAGCUGCGUACACAAGAAAAUACACUGCCCUCACCUGCACAAGCUCGUGUCUGACCAAGAAGGUGGAAAAUCAAAGGGCUACUUAGUAAGGUGUCCUCGGUACUUGGGAGGGGACAGUGAUAUAGGAACAUGUAGCAAGAACUGUUGGGGUGACAGGUGAGAAACAGAAAAGCCUUCCCAAAUAAAUGACCAAAAUAAAAUAAUAUAAGGUGAGAAGACAGAAACUUUUCUUGCAUUUUAUUACAUUUGAAAAGCUAGUAGAGCCACAGUAAGAAUUUUUAAAAUAAAACAGUGAAACACA